AUGGCGCCCACCAAGCCAAGCUUUCAGCAGGAUCCUUCCAGGCGAGAACGUUUGCAAGCUUUGAGGAAGGAAAAGUCCCGAGAUGCUGCUCGCUCUCGCCGGGGAAAGGAGAAUUUUGAAUUCUAUGAAUUGGCAAAGUUGUUGCCACUGCCUGCAGCCAUUACCAGCCAGCUUGACAAGGCAUCCAUCAUCCGACUUACAAUUAGCUAUCUGAAAAUGAGGGACUUCGCUAAUCAAGGUGAUCCUCCAUGGAACUUGAGGAUGGAAGGACCUCCACCUAAUACAUCAGUAAAAGGGAUUCAAAUGUGGAAAUCUGAGGUCUGCAUGAGAAAGACACCAUGUGAAGUUAUAGGUGCCCAGCGCAGGAGAAGUCCCAGUGCCCUUGCCAUUGAAGUAUUUGAAUCACAUUUGGGAAGUCAUAUUUUACAGUCCCUGGAUGGAUUUGUAUUUGCACUAAAUCAAGAAGGAAAAUUUUUGUACAUUUCAGAAACUGUCUCCAUCUAUUUAGGCCUGUCCCAAGUGGAACUGACAGGCAGCAGUGUGUUUGACUACGUCCACCCAGGAGACCAUGUGGAGAUGGCAGAGCAGCUGGGCAUGAAGCUUCCCCCGGGGCGAGGCCUCCUCUCGCAGGGUACAGCAGAGGAUGGAGCCAGCUCAGCAUCCUCAUCUUCCCAGUCCGAGACCCCUGAGCCAGUGGAAUCUACAAACCCCAGUUUGCUAACCAGUGACAACACUCUAGAGCGCUCUUUUUUCAUCCGAAUGAAAUCUACACUGACCAAGCGAGGAGUGCACAUCAAAUCAUCAGGAUAUAAGGUGAUUCAUAUAACAGGCCGGUUACGUCUGAGAGUAUCGCUGUCACACGGACGGACAGUGCCCAGCCAAAUCAUGGGACUUGUUGUCGUUGCUCAUGCCUUGCCACCUCCUACAAUUAAUGAAGUCAGGAUUGACUGCCACAUGUUUGUCACUCGUGUGAAUAUGGACCUCAAUAUCAUUUACUGUGAAAAUAGGAUUAGUGAUUACAUGGAUCUGACCCCUGUAGAUAUUGUAGGAAAGAGAUGUUACCACUUCAUUCAUGCUGAAGAUGUGGAAGGCAUUAGACAUAGUCACUUAGACUUGCUGAAUAAGGGUCAGUGUGUAACAAAGUAUUACCGCUGGAUGCAGAAGAACGGAGGUUAUAUCUGGAUACAAUCUAGUGCAACCAUAGCUGUCAACGCCAAGAAUGCAAGUGAGAAGAAUAUCAUUUGGGUCAAUUACCUCCUUAGUAACCCAGAGUACAAGGACACUCCCAUGGAUAUUGCACAACUUCCUCAUCUGCCAGAGAAAACCUCAGAAUCCUCGGAGACCUCUGACUCUGAAUCAGACUCAAAGGACAACUCAGGUAACACACAUGAGGACAAUGAGAACUCAAAGUCAGAUGAGAAAGGAAACCAGUCAGAAAACAGUGAAGACCCUGAAUCUGACAGGAAAAAGUCAGGAAAUCAGUCAGAUAAUGAAAUGAACUGUAAUGAGGAUGGGAACAGCUCCAGCAACCAGGACAGCAGGGACAGUGAUGACAGCUUUGAAAAUUCAGACUUCGAGAAUCAAAAGGCCCCUGAGGACAGUUUUGGCACUCUUGGCUCCAUGCAGAUCAAGGUGGAGCGCUAUGUCGAGAGCGAGUCAGACUUGCGGCUGCAGAACUGUGAAUCACUGACCUCCGACAGUGCCAAGGACUCAGACAGUGCAGGUGAAGUAAAUGCUCAGUCUUCCAGCAAACAUCAGAAGAGGAAGAAGAGGAGAAAAAAGCAAAAGGGAGGCAGCAUGACUCGGAGAAGGCUGUCAAGCACCUCAAGUCCAAAUGGACUUGACUCGGCUUUGGUGGACCAGCCCCAGCUGCUCUCGUCACCAAACAGUGCCUCAGUGCUCAAAAUUAAAACAGAAAUCUCAGAACCUAUCAAUUUUGAUAAUGAUAGCAGUAUUUGGAAUUACCCACCCAACAGGGAAAUCUCAAGGAAUGAAUCACCCUACAGUAUGACCAAGCCCCCCAGCUCCGAGCACUUCCCUUCCCCCCAAGCCAGCAGUAGUUUACAUGUCUCCAUUCCAGACUCUGUUCUCACCCCACCAGGGACUGAAAAUACUGCCAGCCGUAAAACUCAGUUCAGCACCUCAUCCAACUCGGCCUUGGCUCCAGUGUCCUCUGACCCUUUGUCACCCCCACUUUCAGCAUCUCCAAGGGACAAACAUCCAGGAGGUCCCACAGCGUCCAACUCUUUGUUGUACACUGGGGAUCUGGAAGCCCUUCAGAGGUUACAAGCAGGCAAUGUGGUGCUUCCUUUGGUUCACAGGGUAACGGGAACCCUUGCUGCGACCAGCACUGCUGCUCAGAGGGUCUACACCACUGGCACUAUUCGGUAUGCUCCAGCUGAAGUUACUUUAGCUAUGCAGGGCAACCUCCUCCCCAACACCCACGCUGUUAACUUUGUUGAUGUUAACAGCCCCAGCUUUGGGCUGGAUCCUAAAACACCGAUGGAAAUGCUCUACCACCACGUUCACCGACUCAAUAUGUCGGGACCGUUUGGAAGUGCUGUGAGCGGGGCCAGUCUGACCCAAAUGCCUGCAGGGAAUGUGUUCACAACUGCCGAAGGACUUUUUUCCACUCUUCCAUUUCCUGUGUACAGCAAUGGCAUUCACACUACACAGACUCUGGAACGGAAAGAGGAUUGA